AUGAAAGCUGUAACGGCUUGCAACUUUCCUGAAAAUAAUGACAUGUAUGGACUAGGAAUUAGGUUAGCCUUCUACACUCUCUGGUUAGGAACAAUUCUGGCUUGCCGAAUGGCUCCGAGACAAGCUUCAAUGUUACGAAUGACGAAUUCUUUGUUUGUUACGGCUAUUAUAAUCUCCUUAAUUAUCAAAAUAAGGGAAAAUAACAUAAGUCCCAUUGAAAAAUCUGUCAUUCUAUUCAUGUGCUUCAGUGGAUAUCUCUAUAUUCUACCCCUAUACAUUGGUCGAAUAUUGGCUAUUUGUUUUCCAAUAAUGAAUCCCACCUGCUUUUAUCAACGGGAGAAGAGCAGGAUCCAGAAAACUCUUAAUUUUCUUCUUAUGGUCUUUGUUUCAGGGUUUAAUCUAAAAUUUUGGGUUGAGAUUGUGUAUAUUGCUAGGCCUGAGGCAUGUAAUCCAAUCGGCUUCUUUUUCAAAAAGGUUCCCCUUGAAGAAUCAGAUUAUCGAAUGGGGAAUAUCAUGUUCUAUUUUUCUUGGAUUUUCUCGUGUCUAAUGACACUUGGCAUUAAAUUUGCUAGAGCUAGCGGCAGGCUUCAGUACAUAGGGCAGCGAAGGUCAAGGAGACAAAAUCCAUUGUUGGCACUCCAGACUCACACAAUCUUGAAUUUGAUCCUCGCUGCUAUAUCUAUUUUCGACAUCGAACUAACCCUUCGAUGGAACAAUAUGCAGGGUCCCAAAAUCUGGUCUGCUUCCCAGAUACUACCACUUACUAUUAGUAUUGGUAUGGUAAUUCGGUCAAUUUUAUUAUUCUCAUCUGGAACGCAUACAAAGAAAAAAAGUGCGAGCUCAAAAAGAAUUACUUCAGAAUCACGCUCGUUUAGCUCGCCUAGUAUAAAUGAGACACAAAUUGGGAAUCUCCAAGGUCCAGAUCUUGUAUUACUAAGAACGACAGAACGAUUGUCCAGCGGUGCCGUCCAGCCACAAUUUCCUCGAAAUUCUGAUGCGGACACUCAAGCUCAACGCGUACAAGUUUUACCGCUCCAAACUGAUAGAGUUCACCCACAACAACCUCCAAGUUACCAUGAGUCACUACCACCGUACCAUCCAGAAUAA